AAUUCCCUGAACGCCGCCGCUAAAAGAUUUUCAGUUGUCGAUCGACUAGGUUAUACAUUAACCUCAACUUGUGUGUGUGUGUGCUGGUUUAAAGUUUACGCUGCCGUCUAUGUUUUAGAUACACCACCGUAUUGAAUCUCGUGGUUGACUGGGACGGUUCUUGUGCAUUUUUUGUAGAUGACAUUCUCAGCGGCUCGUUAAUUUGUAAUAUUCGCACCGUAUCCGGUAUAUUGUGUUGUGUUGUUGACAUUCGCUGCUCCGUGUGGUUGUUUGCAGACAUGUGUACGUGAUUUCCAAAACUUAAGACUGGAUUGACAGUUCUAAAGAUAAUUCAUAUAGAUAUUACCAUCCGGACAUCCCUAAAUAAUGGAAACUACGAAACUCGAAAGAUUUACGUUUACCUAAAUCCAACGUAGUAGGUAUUAUGUUCGACGGUUUGAUUACGCGAUUAACCAGCCCCUCGUCUCGAAGGCGGCACACCUAUCAUUGUUCGGACGUCCACUCGGACCCUGAAGAUGGGGAGCCGGUUACGCCGAGGAAGCCUCGCCUUUUGGAACGCAGAAAGAAAGGUCGAAGGGGAGAAGUUGGUCUUAGGCAGGCGCGAAGUUUGGGGAGGCUUGACGGACUUAAAGAGGCCGAGAGAUUAGCCGAUUAUGGUAGGCUUCUAGGGGGAUCCCAGCCGGCACUUGACGGACGAAGGCGAGAUUUGGAUAGAAUUCAAGAUCUAUUUCCCCACGAUUACUUAGGGCUCCACAUACCUGAACCCAGUUCGACUUACCACAUCAAGAACAAGUCGUUUCGCAAAAAGUCCCUAGGUGACCUGACCGUGAUGGAAAACAACAAUGGACCCUGCAGCAGAAUAUUCCUAAUGGAAGCACCUUGUGCCAUGUCGCCUUCCCAAAUGCCCGUGAAUGCCAAAGCUAGGCAUUUAUUCCUGUUUUCCGACCUGCUGUUGGUCGCGAAACCACGAUCAGCAGGCAAUUUUAAGCUGAAGGAAAGCGUUAGGGUUUCGGAACUCUGGGUGGCACCUUACUCCGAUUCCGAAACGGGGUUUCUUCUGGGAUGGCCCUCCCCGGCACGUACUUAUCUUGUUAGCUUUUCGACGCAAGCGGCGCGAGACUCGUGGUGGAGGGAACUGAAUCAGGCGUUAGCUACCCAAUUGCGAUUCGAACCUCCAACUACUAAUAUUAAAGUUGUUUACCGAGAUCCCCUAAGUGGAACGGACUGCUCGAAAACAUUGGGAGUAGGCCCGGAAACAUCUUCUAGUGAUGUCGCCAGAUUAGCUCUAGACGAGUCUAGAAUGUGCGAUACCGCUUACACCCUUUACGCCCGCGACAGAGAUAACGCCCCCUGUCCCCUUAUAGGUUGCGAGAGACCGCAUUCCAUUCAAUUGGCGCGAUUGCGACAGUCUCUUUGCGCUGAAGAGGGCUUCGAUUUGACCCACUGCAACAACAGUCGGAUACCUAGCGACGUGGUGUUCGAAUUGAAACCUACCGUAAAACCGAGCCCGAGAAAAACACCAUUAAAACUCUUCCGAAAGUCUAGCUGCAGGGUGUUUGGAGUACCAUUGUCCAGGUUAUGCGCGAACAAUACACUACCUCCCGUAAUAAUAGCAUGCUUGAGGGCCUUGUUCCAGAGAGGCCCCCAUACGCAGGGUAUCUUUCGAAGAUGCGCCUCCGCAAGAGCUUUACGAGAGUUGAGGGAAAAAAUUGAUUCUCAUGGUGCUGUAGUUACUGAAGAAAUCGCGAACGCUCCCGCUCUCCUCUUAGGUGCACUGCUCAAAGAUUUUUUGAGGAGUUUACCGGAACCCCUCUUGUGCGGAAGCGCCCAGGACUGGCUGAGUGCUGCUACAAGCGGCAGGUUAGACCUGCUAAGAAGACUACUCGGCAAUCUUCCCAGAGAAAACCACAUGCUUCUGCGUUAUGUGAUCUGCGUGUUAUACAAUAUAGCGAAAAGGGCGAGGUUCAACUUAAUGUCGGCGGCUAAUUUGGGUGUUUGUGUGGGACCGAGUAUGUUGUGGGAACCAUGUCAAAAUGCUCCCCUGCGUACGCUACCAACUUUAAUCGAGACUUUGAUCAACAACUGCCAGGCACUGUUCGGAUCGCAAGUGGUCUCGCUGUUAGGCGAAGCUGCCAACGAUAGUGGGGCUGAGGAAUCUGACAGCUUAAAUUCGUUGGGUCUGUCAUUGGACUCUGCCGAAUUGAGCAAAGAUCAGAAAUCGUUGAGCCGCGACUCCGGUCUGACACUUUCGGAAGACGACAGAGAGAGUCCCGGUCUCAAUUAUAACACCGCCUCCUUCCACCGGUCAGAUUGGGCCAGACAAGCUGCUCGCAUACGUUCAUUGGACAACACAAGCUCGUGGAUAGAAGAAGACGAAGCGUUCUGCGCGUCUAGCGAGAGUUUGUGCUCGCCUCCUAUUCCGCCGAGGAGACCUCCGCCCCUGAGGCAUCUGCCUCCCGUGCAUUUGCCGCCGGUGUAUAGGCCGCCGCCACCUCCACCCCCGACUUACGCGACGGCGAGGAUACUACUGGUUACAGAUGCGGAAAGCGAGAGUUACGUGUGAACAUUAUUUUGUAUGACGGAACUAUAUAGGAAAGGAAAUUAAUUAGUUGAGUUGCGAAGAACUUAUCCGAAGAGGAUCUCAACCCUAAGGGUAGAUAUAUGACGGUGUUUAGCAUCGGUUCGAGAUCACCUCUGCAAACCUAUAAUUAUUGUGUUUUGUUUGACAAAUAUUUGAAGAUGGUCUUUCGUUCUCGAAUUCUUAUAUAUCGUGCAUAACAGAGUUGUAGUAGUUCAUUUGUACCCAACAAAAUUAGCAACUAAAUAUAACCAACAUUGAUUUUUUAGACCAUUAUGACAUGGAGCGAAAAUUCAUUUAUUGUUGAACAUGUUUCAUCUGCCAUUUUGUACAAAUUGUAUGUUCAUUAUUAACAGAUUUAGUUAGUUAUAUGCUUUAAUUACAUAAAAACCAGAUGCCGCGCGAUUCGUUUUGGUUUUGUACGUUUUUAAUAAAAUUUAUUUCAUGUACAGUAUUGAAGUUCCAAAUAUUUUGGAUGUAUAUUUUUUGUAAAUAUGUGUAUUGUAGAUAGUGUUUGUGAGAAACGUCACGGAAUAUAUUUGUUUGUCGACUGGUACCAGACCAAUAGACGAAUUCGUAAACUUAUAAAUUUUGCCAUGUUCUAGAGUUUAUUGUUUAGUUAAGUC